AUGGAUGCUAACAGCGGGACGCUUAUGGGUGAUAUGCAUACGAACGGAGGCGACAUUGAUUCAUUACUAUCAACUGAAAAGGAAGUAAGAAAAGAACCACUUCGUCGUCUUCAUGAGCCGUAUGAUCGUCAUCGUGCCCAUGAUCUGCGCGCAGAGUGCUAUCGUCGUGGUCUUCGACCCAUAAAAAAGGGUCCAAAUGCAAAUGAUAAUAAAAGUGGGUACAUUGAUUUAUUACGCAAAAAUGAUGUUUCUAUUUCUAAACCACCAAAAAGUACCCAAAUAUCUAAACAAGAAGAUGAUGAGACAGAAGAUGAGGAAGAUGCGAGUAAUGGUGGAGAUAAUGUGAAUGAAGUGGAGAUUAUUACAAAUAUGACGAAUAAGAGAAAACGUCCGACCAUGGCCAUGCAGACUCAAACGGAGACAAAUCAUUUAGCUGUCACGUCAGCAGCUGUAGCAGAUUUGCAGGGUUUCUAUGAAGGAGGUGCUCAAGCCGUAUUACCAAUGCAAUAUUCACCAAAUGUCCCAAAACCGCUGGCCAAUCCAACAACAGAUUUAGAAAUUCUGAGUGGCAUUGCUAAUUCUUACACACAAAAUGUAGCAGCCGAUGGACAAUUAUGUGGCAAUUGUCGUACGGUUGUUACGGAUCAGUUAAUGGAGUCAAUUCGAUUAGGAAAGACCAAAAUGCAGCUCCAAGAAUGGCACAAGUUAACAGAACAACGAGAUCGAGAUACUUUUCAUUUGAAACAGGUGCUGGAUAUUUUACAGGAUUUACGCAAGUCAUUUCGUGAAGCACAGGUCCAUGGAAUGAAUCAUGACUUGUUGGUGGAACUACAGGAUGAUAUGGCAUUUUUUCAGAAUCUAAAAGAACAAACUAAGGAAAAAAUGCGCCAGGCGAUGCGUGAAGCACGAGAACGAGCUGCAAACAAGUCAAACGCUAUGGCAUAA